AUGGGACAGCUAAAUCACACAGUGGUGACGUAUUUCAUCAUUAAGGGAAUUUCUGAUGAACCCAAGCUGCAGGUGCCGAUUUUCCUUCUAGUUCUGUUUCUUUACCUUAUUACUCUUGGUGGUAACAUGGCCAUACUUCUACUGGUCUGUUUGGAUUAUCAACUUCACACUCCCAUGUACUUCUUCUUGGGUAACCUGUCCAUAGUGGACAUGUCUUCUGCCACGGUUGUUCUACAUAAUACCCUUAUUAUAUUUGUAACAAAGAACAGAACAAUUCCGUAUGUCACAUGCAUUGCACAAAUGUAUUUUUUUGGAGCCUUUGUUAAUGUUGAGUUAUUAAUCCUUACAGCUAUGAGCUACGAUCGUUAUGUGGCCAUCUGUAACCCCUUGAGAUAUAUAAAUGUUAUGAACCCCAAAAUGUAUAUUCUGUUGGCAAUUGCCUGUUGGACUUUAAGUUUAUUAGAGGUUUUGCCACAUGUUGUUUUAUUGGCAGAGUUUACUUGUUACAGAUCAAAUAUAAUUAAUCAUUUCUUUUGUGACAUCAUGCCUGUUAUAAAACUUUCAUGCAGUGACACGUCUGUUCUGGAGACUUUGUUUUUCAAUGAAGGUGUUUUCCUUCUUGUCCUUACUCCCUUCCUACUUACCUUUUUCUCAUAUGUUUUUAUCAUUGCAACCAUUCUGAAGAUCCGUUCGAGCACUGGAAGACGUAAAGCCUUCUACACAUGUUCCUCUCACCUCACUGUUGUCAUCCUGCUCUACACAACCUUGGUCCUCCAAUACCUAAGACCCAUCUCAGAGGACAGCCUGGAUUAUAAUAAAUGCUUUGCUCUCUUUAACACAGCUGCCGUUCCCAUAUUAAACCCGUUGAUAUACAGCUUAAAAAACAAAGAUGUGAAGUCAGGUCUAAGACGAAGGAUAUAUCACAUCCACUGCAACACCCUG